GUUGCUAUAAACAGCGCGCAAGCGCAUUAUGGAAUACGAAGUGGUUUUCUUUUUAAUGUGCGCUUGUUUUGUGGGAUGCCUCACGGAGCCACCCUUGUAUCGAAGGACGCAUGCGCAUUGGGGAAACUGCGCAGCGGCAGCGCUUGUCCCCGGACGCCUUGAAAUUCCAGCGCGAGGGAUUGAGCCGGCACCACGCUGCAUCAACGCGUUCCAUGAGGCAUGGGUGGGAUGAGGAACUGAAGCUGGAAGGUUGUUGACUUCGCCCAGAGCCACACAGGGAAUCCUUGGCUGAGCUGGAAUUUGGAGUUGGGUGGAAAGGCCCGAUUGCCUCCUCGCAAACAGCUGCAUCGCAUCCCCAAAGCUGGCAACAUCUGACCAGUUGAUUACAUGAUGGCAAGUACAGAGCCAGUCACCGAGAAGAUGCCCGGCAAGAAACCCAACCAAGGGUCAGCCGUUAGCCAAGAGAGCGGCCACGGCGCAUCCGUUGGGAGUGGAGGAGAGAAGGAGAGCAGGGCCGAGGCGGAAGGAGAGGACCUGAAAGAGAACCUUCCCCCUCGGGACCCAGCCAACAGGGACGUCCCUUGGGCUUGCCCGGACGGCACGUUCGUCAAACUGGUCCUGGAGCCUGGCACGGGCUUAGAUAAGCCUAAAGAAGGCUCCCUCUGCCAGGUCUUCCUCGAAGCUGAGCCAGGAUCGCCCUUGAGUUACCCAACGCACCGGUGGGCUGAAGUGGAGCUGGGUGGCGGCGACGCCGAGUGGGACGGGGUCGUGGACCGUUGCCUGGAGACUAUGCUGGCUGGGGAGCAGGCCGAGGUGCGGUUGGCGGCGGGAGGCACUGUGACCGUCCGGUUAGCGAGCUUCACAGAGGCCAAAGACUCCUGGGAGAUGAGCGCCGCCGAGAAGUGGGACUUGGUCCUUGGCAACAAAGAACGGGGCGGGGAGCUGUACCGGGCAGGGGAUGUUGCCGCUGCAGCGCGGCGCUACGCCAGGGCCUUGCGGCUGCUCGUGGUAGCCGCCCCUCCACCAGACUACGACCAGAUCAAAGCCGAGCUGCAUGCCAACCUGGCUGCUUGCCAGCUGAGGCUGCACCAGCCGGCCAACGCCGCCUGCAACUGCACCAAGACGCUGGCCUUGCAGCCGGCCAACACCAAGGCCCUCUUCCGGCGGGGCUUGGCUCACGAUGCCAUGAACGACCUGGAGGGGGCGGCGCAGGAUCUGAAGGGGGUUCUGCAGGUGGAACCGGGGAACCGGGCAGCCCGGAGAGAACUGGAAAGAGUCAUGGAGCGGAUCAGGGCGCGGGAUGCCAAGCUGGCCCGAGCCAUGCAAAAAAUGUUUGCCUGAAUAAAAAGAAUGCGGCAGUGCUGCUGGUGUUGAUCUUUGUGGUAUGUUUUCUUCAUCCUGCCCAUUUAUAGAGCACAUGAUGUAGCGAAUGUGGCACCCUCCACGUGUUUCGGACUACAACUCCCAUCAUCCUCUUGUCAUUGGCUGGGGCUGAUGGGAAUUGUAGUCCAAGACACUCUGAAAGUACCAGGUUUGUUUCUCUGAAUGGGUUGUCCCCCGCCCCAUUUUUUUUGCUUCUCUGUGACGUGAAUGAUGGUUACUCUGAAAACCAGUUGAAGGAAACCACAGGGAUUUCCCAUAGGCAUCUGGUUGGCCACUGUGAGAGCAGGAUGCUGGACUAGGUGGGCCAUUGCCCUGAUCCUGCAGGCUCUGCUUUUGUUCUUAAGUCCAUUCGAGUGGAUACACAAACCCUUGUGUGGAAGAUCAAAGCUAGGACUGCAUAAUUUCUGUGCAGCCACACAAUACUGUACACAGAUACAGAUCUUGGCAACCAGCAUGGAAUUUGGCUGGGUGCAGAGACUGCUGCCUUCCUUUUAUUUUAAACAUGAGCACGUUUGCAACCCUUAUGGAUGGAAAUGUAUGGGCUGUGCCUGGUGAAAUCUCAGCAAUUAAAAAGGGGAGACCUGUUUUCUGAGCUGCUAGGAUUACAUUAGACACGUGAUUUUACUAGAAAUAUUGCCUAGAAGUCAACACCUUCAAAAUAUUACCCCUCAUCUCAUACAGAGCUUUCAUUUUUUUAAAAAAACUAUAUAUACAGUAAUGGCAAAUUUCUAGACCUUAUGGCUGCAAAAACACUUAGUGUGAAAACACAUGGACUUGGUAGAAUCUUGGAAGGAGGACUGGGUGCAGGGCUUCAACCUGCAUAGGGCUUCAAUAUUUGGUGGUGUUUUGGGAUCAUCCCAUAGUUGCAGAGUUGAAUAAAUGUUAUUUUUUCCCCCCAAGGGGCAGCAUAUACAGACUUAUUUUGCCCUACAGACCAUCUCUCCCUUCAUGCUCUUUAACACAGCCUCCUCUUUCCCUAAAAUCCUUCGAAAAGCAAAAUUCUGGAAACAAACUACAAACAUACCAGCUGCUUGUAAACUGCCGUA